AUGCCCCGCUCUCGCAAUGGGUGCGCGACAUGCAAGAAGCGCCACCGCAAAUGCGACGAGGCCAAGCCGACGUGUUAUGAAUGUAGUGAAAAUGGCUUGCAGUGCGAGGGCUACCAGGUGAAGCUCCAAUGGGAAGUGGGUGUUGCCUCGCGAGGCCUUCUGCGCGGCGCCACGGUCCCAGUGACUCCGUCGGCGAGCUCGCUGGAACGAUACAGGGUGACCGAUCUGAUUCAUGGGCCCAUGUUUUCAGACUCGAAUGCUUGGAUUAACAAGGCUCCGUUACCGUUGGGUAGUGGUUCAUUGGGCCAGCCCGUAGCCACCCAUGUCGCGUCUGCGAAUGCAGUCGCUGAUGAUGAGAUGCGGCAACUGUUCAAGCAAUUCAACGAGACGACGGUUACGCUCUUGUACAGUACUUCGGCCCAUGACCCCUUCCGAGCCUCUGUGGAAAGGCUUGCUCUCCAAUCUGAAGCCCUCUACAACAUCACCGUGGCUAUUCACAUCUACUGUGCAUGCCACGGCAGCCCGCCGCCCUUGUUCCAUGAAUCAUUCAACCGAGGUUUGCACUUGUAUCAGCAGCAGUUACAACUUUCGCAACAUACCUUGGAUCCAGGGAUGCUCAUCACGGGACUCUUCAUAUGCACACUACAUUUAUUCGAAGGAACCCCGUGGACCAGCCACCUAAGUCAUCUGGAUAGGGUCCACAAGCUGCGUGACGCUGGGCAGACCAUAUGCAAAAACCCCCAGCUCCGGGCCCCGGUCGAGGCCAUGGCCACCAUCGACAUCCCUACUUUUGUGAGGGGUAGGCAGAUCCCCUCGCUGGGACUCUGGGCGCGCCUUCGAGCGGAGCAAUCCGCAACGGCAGAGGGCAUGGCUGACGAUGUAGAGACCGUGUCAGGCUUGCCACGCAGCCUGAUUGACAUCUUUGCCCGCAUUGGCAAUCAAUCGGCGGAAGAGGCAUUCGUAACCUGGCCGGGGCAUGUUGGAGACGUGCCCCACUGCCACUUGUGGGAAGCAUAUCGCCUGGCAGGUAUUCUGAUAGGCCGCCGAUUCCGGGGAGAGGCCCGGGAUCAGGCCGGUCGAGGAAGCGCCCUAUUUGCUGCGUCCGAGGUUCUCGUCCAUCGCUUAAUUGCAGUCCUGGACGCCCUCCACGAGUGCCAGGGCCGGUCAGAACACAGUCACAACCUGGCCGGGAACGGCAUCCUAUAUCCGUGUACCGCGGCCCGGCUCGAAGUAGCAGUGCUCCAAACAAAACCGGCUUGGGUCGAGGCAUUAUCUAGGUAUGAAAGCUCUUGCCUGCCGUAUCAUAAAACUCCCAAUGCUAUCCACCUCAGAGAGAUUCUCGACCUAGCGCUGCAACAGGGUGACGACAAUGUGGACCUCGACGUGGAAGCGCGGAAACGGGGGCUGGAGAUCUCGCUCUUCUGA